UGAUGUCAGCAAAAGAUAUGCAAAUGCUCUUGACGAGUCCGAAGAGGGUGGAAGAGAUCAAUUACUUCAGAAAUUCGUAAAAAUGUUCUGCACCUUAUACUAUAGCGCUAACAUUGCCGGAAUUUUUGGUAUUCUGGAGGCCAUCGGAGGUUUGAGUUGGAAUAUUUGGAUUUUGAUUUUAUUUAACAAAAUUCACGUCGAAGAUCGAGAAUGGAUGCAAAGAAAUCAUACAUUCGAACAUAAUGAAUUUAUUAAUCAUUUCAGAAAUAUACCAGAAAGAAAAGGUGUAUACAGUUUGAUAAUCUUCUCUACUAUUUUACAUAGUUUUUGGUUGAUAUCGUCCGUAAUGCUACUAAUUGGAAACAUGAUUUAUUCUAAAGUAAUGCUUUCACAAUGGAUACCUGUCACUCUUAUGAUGAUUUUGACUGAUAUUCUAGCUUCGAUUUAUUUUACCUUACGUUUAGGAGCUUUCUUGGAAAAUAACUCUGUAGAUGACAAUCCUGCACCGAUACUACUUGCUGUUUUCUUUUCUAGAUGCUGUCUUUUAUUUGUAUUUUUGAAUGCAUUUCUCGUUCAUUACGUUUGCCGGAGAUGUUGGCAAAUGGCAGCAAGAAAAUAUUGUCAAAAACAGAUUAGAGAAUAUUUUGAGGAAUCUCCUAUUAAUGAACAUCAACCUCAGACUCAUCGUCAAUACGUGGGAGAGGAACAUCAUAUGCAUGAACAUAGCAUAGUUGUACAACAACCAGUCUUCGUUAAAGAAGAAAAGCCGAAAGAGGAAGUGAAUAAUGGUGAAAAUCCUUAAGUUUAUGUAUUUGAAAAUUAUAAUAUGAAAUUUUGUAAUUUUUCAAAUAAAUUGCUAAAUUCAGUAUAAAAUAUUUAAC